AUGGAUAAUCUUCCUGUUGAAGUGAUUGGUAUCAUAUUAUCCCGUGUUGGGUCUGCUAGGGAUGUUGUGAUUGCAUCCCUAACUUGCAAAAAAUGGACUGAAGCUUGGCACAAUCACCUCCACACUCUUUCAUUCAAUACAUCUGAUUGGCCUCUAUAUAGUGAAGUUUGCUCUAGUCACUUGGAAAUGGUCAUCACCUGUACACUUUUUCAAACUAAAGGCUUGCAGCGUUUAACUAUUUUAAUGGAUGAUGAGCAUGAGUUUAUUGUUACUCCUGUCAUUGCUUGGCUUAUGUAUACGAGGGAUUCGUUGCGCGAGCUGUGUUAUAAUGUGAGAACAUCUGCUAAUUUCAAUUUCAAUAUAAUCGAGAAAUGUAGCACGCAGAGAUUGGAGGUUUUGUCGUUGGCUCGUAAUCCUAUCCCGAGGGUUGAACGGUAUCAUAAGUUUCCUUGUUUGAUGUCGUUGUCGUUGAGUUUUGUUAGUAUAUCGGCGUUGGAUUUGAGUCUUCUGGUUUCUGCUUGUCCGAUGCUUGAAACUUUUUCUAUAGUUGAGCUGGUAAUCACUAUGUCAGAUUCAGAGGCUUCCUUAGAGAUUAGUAGCUCUUCUUUGAAGAGUAUUUUUGUUGACUCAUUUGGUUUCGAUAAAUUUAUACUGGAGGCGGGUUCGCUCGAGAAACUGCAUCUUAAAGAUUGUACCUUUGAUACUUUUGUAUUGGUUGGGAAGGGAAAAUUGAAAGUCUUGAAGAUUGAUGAUGUGAGUGUGAUCGAUCUUGACAUUGGGGAUAGUACCGAGAAUCUCGAGGUUGUAGAUGUGUGUGACUUCACAAUUAUGUGGCCAAAAUUCUAUCAGAUGAUCGCGAGGGCAUCGAGGUUAAAUAGUCUCAGGCUGUGGGAUGUGAUUUUCGCCGACGAGGAUGAGGUUGUUGAUAUAGAGAACAUUUCUGUUUGCUUUCCUAGACUGACUCAACUUUCCUUGAGCUAUGAUUUGAAAGAUGGAGUGCUUCAUUAUGGCUUGCAGGGUUUGUCUUUUCUGAUGAAUGUGACUGUGUUGGAACUUGGAUGGACUACAAUCAGCGAUCUUUUCUCAGUUUGGGUGGCUGGACUAUUGGAAGGAUGUCCCAAUCUAGAAAAGUUGGUUAUUUAUGGUUAUGUUACUGAGGUUAAAACAAUUGAAGAGUGUCAAACUUUUGCUAGAUUUUCUGAAUUCAUGCUUCAACUAGGAAAGAAAUAUAGUCAUGUAAAGUUUGAGUUUGAAUAUGAGUAG